UCCAAAAAUGACCCAGUCGCCUUCCGACUCACUGCUUGAUCAUCAUGCUCGUCCUCAUCUUGUGCCCGAAAUCCCAAUUGAGAUCGUAAGCGACGAAGAGAUGGCUCUGCUCGAAGCCGCCUUGCUCUCCGCUGGCUCUCUAAUCCCUUCCACAGUGAGAGCAUUCCCUUCAUUUCGAUCCUCUCACUUCCCUUCCAAUGUCAGGUCUAUUCAGUCCAUCACCCUCGUUUCCAAGAAGAGGUUUUCGGGUUGCUCCCAACCCGAUAUUGAGGAUUCGGGUUUAGGGUUCAACACCACCCAGAAGAAGACCCGGUUGGCUGAGUCGUUUUUGCACCGCUUCAGGAGGAAGAAGGGCUUGUGCGUCACCGAUUUUACUUCCGCGGAAUGGUGUGAAAAACAGACGGAGUUUGAGCUCCUCGGCGGCAAGAAAAAAAUUAAUAAGGCUAUGAAAGCUGGUAGUAAGCGCCAUGCAAAACUCGAAGAAGAGGUUCUAACAAGAGUUAAAGUUGAUAUCAAAUCAGACGAAGAUAAAUUUGCUCUGAAGCUUUUGAAUUGUAUUACCGGCAUAAAUCAAUUACAAUUUGAAGGAUUGACUCGAGAGCUGCCUCUCAUAGGUUUUGUAGAAGGUGUAUGGAUGGUGGGAGUGAUUGAUGAGGUUCAAAUGCCUGCAACAGAAACUCAGAGAAAUCCAUUAUUAGUUGACACAAAGACUCGUGUGAAAGAUACACUUCCUGCUGAACCACAACGAAGGAAUGGAAGGCUUCAAUUGAUGUGCUACAAGUAUAUGUGGGACAAUUUAGUUUCUUCUGAAUUCCCCUCCGACCAAUUCUUUGAUUAUUUUUCCUUAAAUCCUGAUUGUGACUUAUCUGAAGAAAUCAGGGAGGUCACAGCUAAAUCAGGGUGUCCAGCAAAGACCCUUGAUGACGUAGUGAGAUACUAUAGAAAUACCUGGAGCAUGCUACCCCCUGCUCAUGACCAACUUUUAUUGAGAUACGAGUUACAAAAAGACCAUUCACUAAUCGGCGAAGAUAAAUUUGCAUAUGACUCUGAUUGGGUUGAGAAGCAAAUUCAGUUUUCUCUCGAGUUCUGGUUAGGAGAGCGAGAAGCCAGUUACACUCCUGAGGAAGAGCGAUGGAAAUGCAACUUCUGUCAAUUUGCUUCCACAUGUCCUGCUAAAAGUGUAACCUGCAGCAACCUGCCGACUUAGAGAAAGGCGCUAGCAUUUGUGCUGUUUCAAAUCAGUGUCCUUAAUAGCGGGUACAAAGAAGCAUUGUGUUUUGGAGUUGCUUCUUCGGGGUAAUUGUCGUCUUAGAGGUUAUGUGCCAUGGUUGUGUCAUUCUUGUUGUAUUGUAAGCCUUAUUUGAUUCAUUGUUGUAAAAUUCAAUUGCUUUAUUGAAGCAAUGUGCAAUGCAAAUCCUUUUCUCAAGUUGAGAUUGUCAGCUUAA